CAGUUGAGCACAACAAGCCACACACAACAAAAAUACUCUCUGUCGCAAAAUGUGGAACGUACGUGCCCCGUUUAACUCGGAUUAUUCGACUAUGAGUCAACAAUUAGAUGAGGCUAGCGAGGAGUGCUCACCUGCCUUAGAUCAACAUUUAAUGCGUACCCAGUUGCUGCUUCUCGAUUACAAGCAGUUCAAGGCGGCACGCAGCAUUCAAAGAUUUUAUCGGGGGUGGCAAGUGCGCCAUUUAAUAGAGAAGCAGCGCCAUGCUGCGAUUGUGAUUCAAAGAUCCUGGCGGAGUUUUACUGCCAUGCGACAUUUUGCACUCAUGGCUCAGAUACAUACGCAGACCACCAUUGUGGACAUGUUCAAUGAUAGCUCUCUGAAGAUUCAAAAAUUAUUUCGUGGCUGGUGGUCGCGUAAAUACAUCAAUAACAUGCUCUAUUUAAAGAAUAUGCAAUUUAAUUGCCUCGAGAAUGUAUUAAACGAUUGUGCACUUAAGCUACAUUCCUUGCAUCGGAGCGCAUUACUGCCAGGAUAUUACGAUUUUUGCGAAGAUCAUCUUCGCACAAAAGUUGAUGCCCUCGUUACGAGUCUGUCCUAUCGAUUAUACAAUCGAUAUAUGGCCAACAAGUAUGCGACGGCCAAAAGUUUCCAAGCACAAAUGCGUCAUCAGUUCUUAGAUUCUGCUUAUUGGACUUCUGUGCCAUAUCCGGGUUUCAGUCACACUUGGAAUAUUGAGACCAAAGUCUAUGGACUUCGUGAAUAUGAUGUCGCACGGGAAUUUACGGCUGAGAGUGAGAUUAAUUAUCGAAAGAAAAACCAACUAAAGUCCACGGAAUCAAAGUUACGCAUACGCAGUGUGCAUUCUAAUGAGAACAGCUUCUGUGCGGAUCUGAUCGCAAGAAUGAAACUCUGGCAUGUUUGUGAAGAGUGCAAACUAUUACGAUCAGAGGACUUGAAAAAGAUUAAUAUUACAGAGAUUCUCGAUCAUAUUAAGAAUCGUUUGGAAGAGCUUAAUUGCAAUUGUCAGCGUGAUAAGCAUUAUAAGAAUCCAUUGCAAUCCUGUAAAUAGCUUAUUGAAACACUCACAAAGUAAAUGUUUGAAUAACAUACAAAAAGAAUAUUACGGAAACUUCG